AUACCACCCAUCCUAGUGAUUUACUUAAAUUCAAUAACAUGUAUAGAAUUGCCCUUAGACAUGGAAAACGAAAUAGUCAAGGCCAUUCUUCAUUUUAUAACCCUACCAAUCUCGAUAUUUUUAAAAAAAUCAAUUCAGAAAAUAUCACAAAUAUCAGGUUGAGAAAUAUUACAUUUACUGCCGAAGAAAAAGAUGAAAUAUUAGAUUUUUUUGUAUCAUUGAAAAAAUUAAGAUAUUUUAGCUUUAUUAAUAUAAAUAUCUACAACAUUAAAACUAUUUAUGAAAAAUUUAAAAAUUCGAAAACUUUAGUGUAUUUAAAAGUCAUAUCAUCUGAUCUUAAAUAUUGCGUUUUUACAGAAAAUUUACUUAAUGAAAUUCUUAAUAAUGAAAAUAUUAAAAACAUCAUUAUCAGAUUUGAUUGGAAAGAAGAAAAUUUCUUAAUUGAUAAAAGAAAUUCUAUUAAGAAAUACAGAUGUUGG